GAUUAGUGAGAAAGAGGGAGAUACAUGUGUAGAGCUUGCAGCCUGUUCUGAUGGCUCACAGCACACAGAGACCUCCCCUCCUGCUCAUAGCCUAGACAGGGGGCAGGCAUUACAGGAAACAACUUACAAAUACAAAGAAAGAGUGAACGCACUGGAGUCAGACACAGAGAGGAAGCUGGAACAGCAGCUACAGCUCAGAGUGUAACAUUGUCACAGACUAGAAGCCAGCCACACUCUCUGCAUUGCCACACUCUCUGCAUUCUACUUAUUUUUUCCUUUACAGGAGACUCCAUCACUUCCAGCUGCUUAUAUCAGAAUUUUGGAGUUUACUAUCCACAGCGUAUCCCACCAUGGAAAAGUACUGGAUCCUACUUGUUCUGUUGCACGUGGCCGGCAUCAUUCAAAUAGGAAGGUCCCAGGAUCAGUGUGAUGUGAAAUUCCUGACUGAGGACUCUACAGUGUUUGUACCAUUUGGAGGGCACGUUACGGUAAACUGCUCUUACACCUGUGACAAGCCUGCGGUUAAAACCAGAUUAUUAAAGAGCAAUGAAACAAAUGGGCCAAACUGGGUGUCCCAUCUAGUCCUAGUGGAUGACUGGGAGAAAUCGGGAGCAGCCUGCAUCCAUACAUACGAUGAUGGAGAAACAAAGUUAUCCAAUAUUACAAUCAUGGCUUACGCUCUGCCCAGUCAUGUGACAAUAGACCUGCAGGGGGAGCUAGAGGAGGGCACAGCGCACAGUAUCACCUGCACUGCUUAUGAUGUGGCUCCUGUCAGUGUACUUACUAUAUCGGUGACCAGAGGAGGGGAUGAGAUCUACAGCAAGGCCAUCGAUGGAGAUCUCACAAAGGGUCCCACGACUGUCACAGAGAUAUAUAACUUCACCGCUAGUCGUAGUGACAAUCUGCAAGACUUCACCUGUCAGGCGACCCUACAACUCGGGACAGUCCCCAACACCACAGUGCAGUCACCCAGCAUCACUGUGAGGACCUAUGCCUUGCCAGAAGAUCCCAGUAUAGAUGUGAAUAAGUGGAUAAAAUAUGGAACCUCAGCUAUAGCUGAGUGUCGGGUGCACAAUGUAUUCCCUCUACAGAAUGUCACCUUACAGCUGUCUAUCGGCGACAAUCUCCUGGAUCUGGAGACCAUUAUAGGAAGUGACUCUGCAACUGGUUCCGUCACACUGACCAACUCUACAUAUAAUCCUAGAUGGAACAAAGUCACUUGCAUAUCUCAGGUGUUUCAUUUAUCCAGGAACAUCACUAAGGAUGUCUAUUUUUAUGAUUUUUCAGAGAUUUCUAAAGUGCAUAUUGUUCUAUCCAACCACACUGUAUACCUGGGCAGUAUGGUGACUGCUGACUGCUGGAUAGACAAUCAUGACCCUGACGUGUACUGUAUGGCCAUCAGUGUGAACGGACAACGCAUGCUGGAGGUGUGCAGCUCUGAGCUCAGUUACAAUGUCACAGCGACCACAAGACACCCUGAAAUUGUCGUCACCUGCACAGUAUACAUUCGAGAUGAUCCUACUAUCUCAGAAACUGCAACAGAGACCAUAGCCGUUCACUAUCCCCCGGAAAACUCAUCCUUGAUCCUAUCACCUGACAGGAAAAUUAAUAUUGGAGAGUCGUUCAAUUUAACAUGUCAGGCGGACGCGUCUCCUCCUCCUGUCUACACCUGGGAAAUCCACAGUGAAGACCAUGUGACCUACUCCCCGGAUAACAACUCAAUCACUAUAAGCAAGGCGUUGUCUUCACACAAUGGGACAUACAAAUGUGAGGUCAACAACAAGCACGGAUCAUCAAAAGCUCAGAAGAAUGUGGUGAUUGAAGAGGAUGGCAUGUGGAAGUGGAUUGUGGUAGCUGUUGUGGCCGGAAUCGUGGUUGUGGCAUUGGUUGCUUUCAUUUCCAUGUUGUGCAAAAAAAAAGGGAAAAAAGGGUUUUACAGCUUGUUAACUGGGAGCAAGAACAGGAAAUCUGAGAAUGGUUUAAACAAGCAGCAGGCACCACAGAAAACAACGCCUGUCUAGGAAUAUGACUUACUGAACUCAUCAUUGAGUCCUGAGUUUCUGUUGUACCCAGUCUAUAACUUUACCAGCUGGGCAGCAUGAAUGUAUACUAUGUCUAGAACUGGUGACAUAAGAGGACACUUACGUGAGCUGCCAUCUUUGUUCGCUGACACAUCUUUGGACGCCAUGUACAUUUUACUGUAUCGGGAAUGCGUUACCUCUUUAGUUGAUGGAAUAUUUUUUUUCUACAUUUCUGUAUUAUAUGUUCAGCACAGUUUUCUCUGGCUGCCGCUUUACUUCCCAAGAUCAUAUUUAUUUUCUUCAAACGUUUCCACCGCACUUUCCUAUUCCAUAAUGUUCUCCAAUGUUUACCCUGGACAGUGACGGAUAUUUUAAGGCCAGAGUAACUGCACUCUUGUUGGGAUAUUCUGAAAAUAAAGACAGUGGGAGACUUCUGAAUAGAAAUUAAUAUAAAAGAGAGUAAAAUUCAAAGUCACAGAUCAAUUAACAGAACACUAAACAUGACAAAAAACAUACACACACUCGAUUGAUUGUCCUGAUUUAGAGUUCGUGCUAAUUUUGUUGUAAUGUGAAUGCUAUUUUUUUUCUGCAUGGAGGGAAGAUGCAGCCUGAUGUUACCUUACAUAUAGGGGGGGAAUUCAAAUGUUUGAAAAGUCGGUUGGGUGUCUGUUUUUUCCUGUCUAUUAGAUAGGAAAAAACAGGCACCCAACUGACUUUUCAAACAUUUGAAUUCCCCCCAUAGAGUGCAAACACAGAUUUUAAAUUGGUCCCCUCUCCCUGCAAUGCACCCUGUUAUGGUCCACGUGCAAAACUGCAUUUUCUAAAGCAUAGGUUCUCAAACUCGGUCCUCAGGACCCCACACAGUGCAUGUUUUGCAGGUAACCCAGCAGGUGCACAGGUGUAUUAAUUACUCACUGACACAUUUUAAAAGAUCCACAGGUGGAGCUAACUAUUUCACUUGCGAUUCUGUGAGGAGAACUGCAAAACAUGCACUGUGUGGGGUCCUGAGGACCGAGUUUGAGAACCUGUGUUCUAGAGGGAUUUAGUGGCAUAUGUAUCAAGCCCUUAUACACUAGUUCCUUUUCUGAAGUAUCAAGGCUGUGUAUCAGUAGUCAAAGGCAGGAGAUCUCCUGCAAAAGGUUCAUUAGCGCUGCAGACCACGGUCCCCAAUAUUCUCAAUGACUUGAGAAUGACUUGAGUCUGACCUCUAUGUGCCAAGCUCCAAAAAGCAUAGCUUUUCCGAGAUUGGUCCUGAAGGCUGCCGUCAUCCUCGGCUGCCACUUUAUGCAUAUGACAGCAUAUUCAGAGAAGGAUCUUGCAAUCCCACUCAUGCAGUCUCCAACUUCCUCUCGAAUAUGGACACUGUGUGCAAGUUCAGUGUCAGAAACUGUGGAGAAAUCUUUUGAAAUCAUGAAAGACUCCACCAAUCUGCUGGGAUGUUCUCAGGGACAAAGCGCCAAGAGUUUGCAGGGAGGGAUCCUGACGUCAAUUCCGGUCCCGGACAGGCUAAAGUAAUUGCAGCGGCUGAGUAAGUUCUGGGCUACUUAGAGACUGCACUAAAUCUGUUUGUACAGCUCUGCUACACAUGCGUUCGCACACUUGCAAAGUGAAAAUACACUCCCCUAUGGGCCGCGACUAUGCGAACGCAGGAUUGCAAAAAAAAACAUAGUGAGCUAACAGGUCUGAAUUAGCCCCACUGUGCACAAGUGCAGUGUCAGAAACUGUGGUGGAAUCUUUUGAAACUGAAAGACUCCACCAAUCUGCAGGGAUGUUCUCAGGGACAAAGUGCUGCCCCUGUAGAAACUGUUAGUACAUAGUGGGGACAGUGUCGGACUGGAGCAUGAAGGGCCCACUGGGGGUAUGCAGUGGUAGGGGCCCAUGAUUAGAGGUGUGACCAGCCUCCAAAGGGGGUGUGGCCAGCCACUACAGAGGUUUGGCUAACCAUUAUAGAGUACCUGGUCUGGACUCCUUGAUAAUUUAUAUAGUAAUUAAUGCUAGUGCGUGCAUGAUAAUGUGCCAGAUUAAUGACAGCAAUGUACUGUAGAGAAUACAUCAUAAUCCUGUGCAGUAUAAGGUAACAUAAAUAUAAUAUAUAAUUCAAUUGCACAGUCUAGAACCUGAUCCCUAGAGGAGGAGGGCCGCCCAGGCAGUGGGGCCUACCGGUGAUUUACCCUGUACCCCUGUGGGCCAGUCCGAGGCUGAGUGGGGAUGACCAUGUAAAAAAAUGUUUUUUUCCCCCCUCCCCCCCCCCCACCCCGCAAUAUGGACUGACAAUUAUCAUGGCACAUAAUUGCAUGUACUAUAACAUGCAAAGAUUUAUUUAUGUCUAAGGAAAGGGCAACUCGUGGGAAAUGUAAUUUAGAAACACCAGGCACUGAUACAAUGUUAUAUGAUAUUACUGUACAACUGUAAAUGAAUAAAACAAUGUAUAGGUGAGAGUAGCCUGGGGAAUUGUUACCAUGAUACGUACUGUGUACAGUUGUUGAAGAUAUCAAAUUUAAAGCCAUCUCAAUAUAUACAGUAUGUAUAUAGUCAUAUGUAUGACUGUGUGCAGUAUAUUUGUCUCUUAACAGUAAUCUUUGUGCUACUGUACAAUGCUCCCAUGCUAGUCACCUAUACUUUCCAAUGCGUAGGAAUGAAACUUGAACACUUAUGAGAACCUUUUCUCGUUCAGCACCAUCCUUGAGACUUUGGCUUCUCCUCCCGCCUGCUUGCAUGAGUCUCCGCACCUUCCCCUGCACUCUGCUCACUGUCUGCUCAGCUUUCUCUGUAGUAAGGAGAAGGAGUGUCCCUGUUCUGAUUCAGGGGGUCAUUCAGACCAGAUUGCUGCUGUGCGUUUUCACACAGCGGGCGAUCAGGUACUAAAUGCGAAUGUGUAUGCACCGCAAUGCGCACACGCGUCGGACAACAACAAAGGGCAUUGCUGGUCAGCGGUGGGAUGGUGCAAAAAAUCUGUUCGCAUAAGCGUUUGAAUUCUUCCCAACAUGACCCGCUGCAGGAGGGACAGAAUGCUCUGCUUCUGGACUUCCCUCUUAAUUUAUGAUUGCCAUCACCUGUGCUGAAACACCUUCUUAUCCAGUAGCCUGCUGAACACAGGUGCAGACAAUUAUAAAUAAAGAAAAAAGUCCAGAAGCAGAGCAUGGUGUCCCUCCUGGAGAGGGUCAUGUUGGGAGGUAUGCGUUUGCAGGGUGAUUGGCAGGAGGAAGCCGUUUGUGGGUGGUAACUGACCGUUUACUGGGAGUGUUCGGGAAAACGCAGGCACGCCCAAGCGUUUUCAGGGAGGGUGUCUGACGUCAGGUCCGGUCCAGAUCAUCCUGAUGCGAUCGCACCGGAGGAGUAUGUCCUGGGCUGCGCAGAGACUGCACACACUGAAUUUUAGCAGCUCGGCGUACACAUAUCAUCGCACACUUGCACAGCAAAAAUACACUCCCCCUGUAGGCAGUGACUAUGAGCGCAGGACAGCAAAAAUCGCAUCCCAGCGAUCGGAUCUGAAUGACACCCUCUGUUUCUAUCUCAGUUUUAAAUAAAGACCUAAUAAAUGGUGAUCAAAACAUCGGGGGGUAGAAUGGACAGUAUAUAAUCGGUGGCUCAGGCAGCAGAAAGUGGUAGGACUGCUGUUAAGGGGAUUACACACAGAGAGAUCUGUGCUUAAUUUCUAAGCAAUCUGUGCUUUGUAAUUAAUCACGGAUCUCCCCUUGUGUAUGCCCCAUAGCGAUAGCAAUGCGCGGCCCAAUGCGUCACUAUGGCCGGUACUACAUUGGCCUGCAUGCACAAUCUAGUACAUCUCUCACUUCACCACAGUGUGAAAUGAGUGUCCCCCCACCCUCGUUCAGCACACAUUGCGCUGAGUGCUGAGCGGGGGGGGGGGGGGAGAUGUGUGCUGAGUGGUCUGUGAUAGAUCGCUUAGCACACAUCUCCCCGUGUGUACUCUCUUUAGCUUUAAAUAGGACUACAUAACCAGUAUACAGGAGACCAGUGUGGGACUGUUGGAGGCUUCAGGUGUGGAUCAGGUCAACGGCUCAUUAUAUGUAAUUAAGGAACAGGGAGCAGAUGUAUUAAGCCUGGAGAAGUGAUUAAAUGGAAGGUGUUAACGCACCAGCCAAUCAGCUCCACUUUAUCACUUCUCCAUGCUUAAUACAUCUGCCCAAGGGUUUAAUGUUGACAUACUAUAGGAAUCUUCUAGAUUUUGGCUGACGAUUGUCUCUGAGGAGGCGAUGUACAGUAUCAAACCUCCGGAAGUUAAGGCGGAGAAGUUGCUCAUAGCAACCAAUCAUAGAUCAUUUUAAAUACAGCACCUUACUAACACUACUAACUUAUAUACACUAUAAACCAAAGCCAUUGUUAUUCAUCCCUAUACUGUACUUCUUUUUUUAUUCAUAUGCUACAUUUUACACUUUUUGCUACAUUUUUGGAACGUUGCCAAAAUGGUCAGUAUGUAAAUAAUCUCUUAAUCAAUUUCUACAUAAUUGUCAAUUUAAAAAUAUUUUGGCACCUCCGCAGUAUCCUGUUCCCGAUGUACAGACAGGAGCUGUAAUGUAUGACACAAUUUGGAUGUUUAGAUGUUUAGCUGUCUGUUAGGGCUACUGUAUAUUCUGUUUUAGAUCGGAUGUAUUUUGUCAUACUGUAUGUUUAAUUAUAACUUCUAUGUAUCCAAUAAGCUAGGGUGCUUUUCCCACUGCUCAGGUUAUUUUGGGUAACCCCACACAUAACUCUGUCAUUUUUUAGACUUGCUGUAAAAUGUUAUAAAGUACGUUUCGGUUUCUUAGCUCAGUAGUAUUUUGUAUUGGUGCGGUGUUUCGCUCUCUUUGCAGCUAAACAAUGACUUUCAUGAAAGGAUAAUCAGCCACCAACAACCCCAUGAACAGAUCAUUUCAGGAGGGUUCGGCGCCUCCCCCACAUGGAAACACAAACCUGUUUCAUACUUCUCAGAGAAUUUUUUUUUUGUCUCUUAAAUUUGUGAUAUAUGUUUUGUAAAUACUGUUUUGUAUGUUUUUAUUAAAUAGAUGCUGUUAUUGUAA